AUGCGGUCAAAAACAGCCAUCGAAAGCACCUCGCCUAACUCGAAAACAGCCUUAUCGCAUGGUUCAGACGAUUCGGAAGAAGAGGAACCUGCUACUUUGCCACGUAGCCAUACACACAGUCAUCUCGCAAGUAAGAGCAUCAACGAUCAGCAACCCGAAGACAAGGACGGUCUGAAGGACAAGGACGGUCAGGAGGACAAGGACGGCCAAAAGAACGAGGAUGGUCAAGCGGACAAGGACGGUCAAGAGGGCAAGGAUGGCCAAAAGGACAAGGAUGGUCCUCAAAACGAAGACAACGACAACGACAACGAAAACAAGCGAACCUCUAAAUCUCGAAGGAGUUCCUCUUUAGAUGGUCGAAAACCUCCUUCUGCGACUGAACCAGCUCGGCCGAGAUUCAAAAACACCAAACCUCCAAGAGGCCAACACGUACCCUUCCCGCCAUUACCCGACGCCAAAGAAUCACCGGAUGUGGAACCUGCCCCAGCAUCCGGCAUGUAUUGGUCCAAGGCAUUCGUAUCAGGAUCGCCUCAUUCUAAUCUGCGAGCGCACACGACCACCUUGAUUGGAUCGAAUAUCUAUAUUUUCGGAGGCUGUGAUUCGAAAACUUGCUUCAAUUCUUUGUAUGUACUUGACGCAGACGCAUUCUACUGGUCUUUUCCACACAUAGUCGGAGACAUCCCGGCGCCUUUGAGGGCCAUGACCUGCACAGCAGUCGGCAAGAAGCUUGUUGUCUUCGGUGGCGGCGACGGUCCUGCCUACUACAAUGAUGUGUACGUGCUGGACACGGUAAACUUUCGAUGGACGAAGCCUCGGAUUCUGGGCGACAAAAUCCCGUCCAAACGGCGGGCUCACACAGCUUGUUUAUACAAGAACGACAUCUACGUGUUUGGCGGUGGCGAUGGUGUCCGAGCUUUAAACGACAUCUGGAGGCUCGACGUCAGCGACAUGACAAAAAUGUCGUGGAAGCUUUUGUCGAGGCCGGAGAAAUCUGCCAAGAGCGGAAGCAAGCAAUCGCAACCGAGAGCCCGCGGUUACCACACCGCCAAUGUGGUGGGCAGCAAGCUCAUCAUAUUCGGGGGCUCAGACGGCGGAGAGUGCUUUGACGACGUUUGGGUGUACGACUUGGACAUGAACGUGUGGAAAAAAGUCCACAUGUCCGUGACCUACAGACGACUGUCGCACACGGCAACCAUUGUGGGUUCGUACCUCUUCGUCCUAGGCGGCCACGAUGGAAGCGACUACUGCAACGAUGUGUUGCUCCUCAACCUGGUCACCAUGACGUGGGACAAGAGAAAAGUAUAUGGCAAGCCGCCUUGUGAAAGAGGCUACCACGGGACCGUGCUCUACGACAGUAGAUUGAUUUUGAUUGGGGGAUUUGAUGGAAACGAGGUAUUUGGAGACGUAUCCAUAUUAGAACUGGCGAUGCAUGCGUAUUAUUCCCAAAUAAGUCAUUUCACGAUUGAUGUUUAA